AUAUUUUGUAUUCUUCAGCCGUUCGGAUUUACAGGGACAAGGAAAGGAUCGCAAACCCCUGCAGAUACGUCAUACGCCUUUUCAACAAUUCUGACUGCAUCGAAAAAACCUGAGGGGGAUGCGAAAUUCGGUGGGCGAUGACAGGAUCAGCAUGGGGGUCGAGGUUUUUCCUCAUACUGGCGAUGAUCACGAUCGUUAUCGCCAAUUAUCAACGUCAACGCGACAGACUUCAUCUGCGCGAGCAGCUCGUUAACGGCCACAAAGCCAUCAGGAAUAUCACUCAACUACAAGAGGAAAUAAUAGCCAAUCUGCCUCCUCUACGAAUUCCGCGUUUGAGGCAUCAUCGUGUCACAGACUGGGAUCCGUACUUUGAGAAUGCAGACGGCCAGGAUAUCAAUAGCCCGCAAAAUGUGGCGUUGCAUCUCGGUGCAACAGCUCUUCUCGAUUGUCGCGUCGCGAUGCUCUCCGGAAAGAAGGUUAUGUGGCUGCGACGGAACGCCGAGUGGGCAUCGCUCCUAACUCUUGGCAAUACUACCCACAUAUCGGAUUCGAGGUACAGCGUGAGCUUCCAGUAUCCAAACAAUUGGAGAUUGGCCAUCUCCGGUGUGCGAAGGGAAGAUCACGGAGUAUACGUCUGCCAAGUGAAUACGCAUCCGCCAAGGAUGCUGGUCACGAACGUCACUGUUCUCGCGCCGGAUAUUAGAAUCAUCGACGAAGCCAGACACGAGUUGCGGGACCGAUAUUACAAGACCGGAAGUGGCAUCGAGCUGGCGUGCGUCGUCCGACCGUCUUGCCCGGACUCGAGGGUACCGUAUCCGGUCUGGCGGAAAAAUGGCGAAACGCUGCCGGAUCACGUCAACGUUUAUCACAUUAAUGGAUCGAACGAGGACGUGGUGACGAGGUUCUAUAUCGAACAAGCGAAAAAGACUGAUAGCGGCGAAUAUACGUGCUCAGUAAGCCAAUUCAGUACGACCGCGGUGCACAUUCAUGUCCUAAAUGGUGAAAAGCAAGCUGCUGUUCAUGAUCAGUGGAAUGCAGCAUGUAUCAAUUAUCACGCAGUUAUUAUUGAACUCUGUGCUGGAUUUGUCAAUUUUCUUUUUUACAUGUGGCGAAAUUAUUCUUUAUAAAAUAUUGUUUUUUUUUUUUUUAAC